CACAGGCUAACUCGUCCAGCGUUGACUCACUUCUCACUGAGCAUCUAACACACGGCAGCACAGGUUAAAAUGUGCUGUGAAAAAGUCAAACUGGCGAAGAAGUCCAAUCUGACCGCUCGGUAUUUCAAGACGGUCACAAUGAUUUGGAAAUGGAUUAAUUUCAGUGCUCUUCUUCUUGGAGCACUCACAUCCCCGACUCCAUCUUUGCCCACCACCGCCAACACUGACGGAGGACCCUGUCGCAUUUACAACUCUGGCCGCUCUGCACACUGUGUGGGAAAACAGCUCGACAGUGUCCCUUGGAGACAUUUUCCAUCCACACUGGAAGACAUAGAUCUCUCCUACAAUGAACUUCAAGCUGUUCGUGCUGACGACUUCCUCCGCCUCCCUCAGCUUCGCAUCCUAAAGCUGCUGUACAAUAACAUUUCACACAUUGACAAUGAUGCCUUUAAAAACAACCUGCUCCUGGAACAUCUUGACAUCUUCAAUAACUCCCUACAGGAAAUUCCUGCCACAGCCCUGAAACCUCUUUUGAAUCUCAAACAGCUCUACAUGUCUAAUAACCUUUACAGAAAUGCCACUUUGGCUGAUAGCUUCUCCAAAUUUGUCAAACUGCAAGUUCUGUCUAUGGGAGGCCCUAUGGUGAUGGGACUAAAGAAAACAGACUUUCAGCCCCUGAAGAACAUUGGCUUACAAGUUUUUGCUAUCAAAUGUUCCUCCAAUCUAAGUUCCUACGAGCCUGGAAGUUUAGAAUUCAUCCAGACAAAGCAGAUGGGCUUUGACAUGGCCAUAGAUCAACUGCCAAGUGCUCUCCCCCACAUGCUACGUGACCUUGCCAACAAGACCUUCAGCGUCAUCCAGUUCCGCAACCUCUUUGAGUUCAUGUACUACAUGAGAGAGGAAGACAUUUUCCAGGGUUUAAAAUUCAUCACAGUCAAUCAGCUCAUCUUUCACAGGGGUAAAUUCAAUGAGAAUGUCCUCAGGAUGGCUUUAGUGAACUUACAAGUCACCCAUAUCAAAAGUUUGAGACUUCAGUACAUCGACUUUGCCCGUUCACCCACAUUUAUUGAUAGCGGAGCAAGUUCCAGCAUCACACACCUGGUACUGGAUAAGUUGGAUCUUUGGUAUAUCAGCAAUCCUGAUGUGCUGCGAUUUGACUGGCGCUUUACCUGGUUCAACAAAAUUAAGGAACUGUCUAUUCAGCAUGUGUACUUCAACUCUGUGCCUUGUGACGCCUGGGUUGAGAUGGAAGGUGUUGAGGUUCUGGAUGUCUCCAAUAAUCGACUACAGAAUGACUUCAUCUUCAACCAGCGGUGUGAUUACAAGGGCGUCAUGCCACAUCUUCACACCUUCAACAUUAGCACCAAUGACGUGACAAGUUUAAAGGGGUUGUCCUCGCUAACAAGGGAGUUCCAGCAGCUACAGGUAUUGGAUUUUAGCAACAACAAACUGGGCUCUGCUGAAAACAGUCAGGACUGCGUUUGGCAAAAGAAUAUCACUCGGGUUAUUGCUCACCACAAUCAAUUCAAAAGGGAAGCACUCAGUUGUCUGCCCACCACAUUGCACUACUUGGACUUGUCCGACUGCAACCUGGAUCAGCUGGACAUGACAUACUUUGAGAAAACCACCAACCUGAAAGAGCUCCUGCUGACUGGAAAUAAAAUCAAGUUCAUCCCAUCAAAGUGGAAAAGUCCGUCACUGCAGUCCCUUGCUUUAGAUGGGAAUUCGUUUGGUCUCAUUAGCAAGGCAACUUUCCAGGACAUGCCUCAACUCUCUCAACUGAGGGCAGGGAACAAUCCUUACCAUUGCACGUGUGAGCUCCAUGCUUUUGUCCAGGACACAAUGUCAAAGGGAAAGAUUAACCUCACAGACUGGCCUUCGAACUACAGGUGUUACCACCCAGAGGCCUUGCUCGACACAGUCAUAUCCACAUUCCUGCCAGGUCAGGUGGCAUGUGACAUCAGACUAGUUAUCAUCAUCUGUGUUGUGACAACGGCAGCGGUGAUCUUGAUAUUAAUGCUAAUUUGCUAUAUUUUUGACCUCCCGUGGUACACUAAAGCCACAUAUCAGAUCAUCAGGGCCAAAUACAGAGCUCACAAGGAAAAAGCGGCCGGGGAAACGGGGACUUUUACUUAUCAUGCCUUCAUAUCCUACAGCCACUCUGAUGCCGACUGGGUGAGGGACCAGCUCUUGCCCUGUUUGGAGAGCAACAAGAACUCCUAUCGUUUGUGUAUUCAUGAGAGGGACUUCACGCCAGGAAGGUGGAUCAUCGAUAACAUAAUUGACAACAUUGAAAACAGUCGUAAGGUAAUAUUUGUCCUCUCCCGGCACUUUGUUAACAGCGAGUGGUGCAACUAUGAGCUGUACUUCGCUCAGCAGAGAGCAGUGGGCAAGACCUUCAAUGACGUCAUACUAGUGGUGAAGGAGCCCAUCGAUACCAGCUCCUUGCCCAGCAAGUACUGCAAGCUGAAGAAGAUGCUGAGUACCAAGACCUACCUGGAGUGGCCCCAGCAGGUCAGCCAGCAGUCGUUUUUCUGGGCACAGCUCAUAAGUGUCCUGGGCAAGCCCACAAUGACUCGAGAGGGGGCGCACAGUGUUAAGAGCAGAACCUCAUCCGUGGGAGGUGUUUCUGUAAUUGGGCCCCGCUUGGAGGAUAGGAUGCCAGAAGCAACAAUACCGAAUGCGGACAAGGGAACAGAACCUGAAAAUGAAAUUAUUAACAGGAAUAAUGAUCAGCUAUCAAAUCAGAGACAAAUCCCUAUGGUGGCAUUUUGACCCAAAGGUUAGAAAAUAGCAUUACAAUUUCAUCAGUAUUGUCUCAGUGAAGGCCUGAACUCAGGUAACCUUUUGUGUGCAGCUUAUGCCAAAGCAAAAGCCAUCGUCUCAUUAUGAUGACAAUAAAAUGAUCCCCUGUCCUGCCUGCCCAUGGCAUUCUGUCAUGUUAUCCACGAGGGCCGAGCUGACGCCCUCUGCUCUGCUCUGCUCUCCCUCUGAACGUCCGUGGCCGGGUGCCCAGUUGACAGGCGCUGAAAGGCCAUGAACUCAACGGCUCAAAUGAGAUCUCCCAUGUCGCACUCUGGAUAACAAGCGAGGUGCCAGGAAGAUGUGGUGACAGCAGCUACACUGUGAAAGGACCUUGGUCUGUUACAUGCUUGGCCCCCAGCGGAUAUGAAAUCAUUUGUGUUCCAUCUCCAGAUGUUCCAGAAUCAAAGGCCACACAGGACAUACUCUACCAACCACUUCUAGGAAUACAAUGUGUUUUGGGGAAAUUGCUGACCUACCUGGGAACAUAAAAAUCGAAACGUGAUUCUUGGUGGAUCGUUGGAUUCAUUACUCCAUGCUAGACCUUAAGGAUUCACAAUGCUUAGUGAUAGAUAGAUAUUGGUUCUAUGGCAAAAAGUGAGCAUACAAGUGAAUUCAUAGCGCUCCAGCACUUUCUAUUUUGUAUGAGCUCCUUGAGUGUGCAUCCCAUAAUUUCAAAGUAGCUCUCUAUAGGUCUUCUAAUGUUUCAAGUUCAUUGCUCCUGGACUAAUUAAAUAUGUAUGGUCAGAUGAUCACUCAUUUGAUUGCUGCCAAAUAUCUUUUUUAACUUGAUCUGGUUGUGCUGUUUGUCUAAGAGUCCCGGUUUUCAAUAGUUGGUCAGCAGCAGCUUUAUUGUUUUUAUUGAUGGAUUUGAGUUGAGUUGAGCUCACACGUGAUGAUGAUUAAUGUUUCUUAAAAAACAUUUAAAUUUGUUAUUUUAAAGUAAUAUUUAUUUUCCAAAUUACUUCUUUCCUCUCACUUUUAGUGUUGAAUCAGUAGCCUAUUGUGUAACAAUUAAAUACGGUCACUUUUCAUUUUUUUACAAGUUCAUGCAACCAUUCGUAGAGUUUGCAAAUGGCCAGUAGAUGACGCCCUUGAACUUAUUAUUUACUGGUUGAUGUCCCACAGAGAGACAGAAGAGAGAGAGAGAGAGAGAGAGAGAGAGAGAGAGAGAGAGAGAGAGAGAGAGAGAGAGAUGUGAAAUGUAUUAUGUAUUAAAUGCAUUUUUGAAUAGAAGGCAUGUUGGCAUGUAACACAAAAUCACUUCUUUAAAGUAUUACAAAUAUUGUGUGCAGAACCAUAUAUGCACAGCAGACGUGUUUAUAUUUUAUGCAGACUCUAUAUUGUAUUUCUGUAUUCUCUGCCCUGUUAAAACAGAGUAUGUCUCAUUUGUAUUACUUGUUAAAUGCUGAACAUUAAUAAUUCUUGUAUUUAUGUAUUAUUUUGCAACUGAAUAAUAGUCAUGACUGUAAAAGUGUGAUGUUAGAUGAUUGUCACUUAUCCACUACUUGUGGAUCUCUGCAGCUGGUUUUAAGACCAACUCUGAUCAGUAAUCAGAGAUGGUUGCUUUGGUUUCGCACACAAAAGAGAGAGUCGAGAGGCUCCAGUUGGUCUCAGUUAAUCAAGUCAACGAAAGGGUUUCAUCUUUACUUUUCCUCAAAUCAAGAAUAGAAAAUCUGGCUCAGGUUUUCAUUAAUAAUGUAGCAAAAUGUUGAAUUUGGAAACACUACCUUGUUUCAAGAUAAUGCCAGACCAUUAAAGACAUGUUUUAAUCUCAAAGUUUGCACUGCCACAGGAAAUAACUUCACAGUAAAAUAGUGUGCUGUGUACAUUUGUGCUUGUGUGCCGAGAAGCAAAUCGUGCCAGAUUAUCUCAUUCUGCAAAUGUUGUGAUGUCACAAGGGUGGACCCAAAAGCAGGACACUGACACAGAGUUAAGUGAAGUUUAAGGUUUAUUGCAGGUCAACAGAGAAUGGAGAGGAUAAGAUGCCAGGCAGAGGGGAGGGGAGCAGUUAAUGUUUGGCUAGGGAAACAACAUGAGUACAGUUCUCAGAAUGAACUAGUGAGGCCUGAAACAAACGACUACCGCAGUAGUUGAGACAACAAUCUGAGUGGAGAAGAGCAGGGAUUGUUUGAGCUGAUUGCAGCAGGUGUGUUUGGAAUAGCAGGGAGCCAGAGGUGAUGAGCAGAUUGAUGACAGCCCUCUAGAGCAGUGGUUCUCAAACUUUUGUCAAUAAUGUACCCCCUUUGAAUUGUUUGUUUAAGUCAAGUAACCCCUGGCCAGCACCAAUCAUUUUUGGUAGAAAAAGUCUAUAUAAAGAGGAACAAUAAAGCGCUGUCAGCGAUAGAUUUA